UCCCUUUGUUGGCCCUUAAAAUGAACAUACACGUAUACGUUUUCUUUCCCAACAGAUGUCACAACGUAAAUAUUAAAUACAUAAUACAAAAUUCACCUUCAUAUAAUCUUCUUCUACUCAAAAUCAUAAUAGAUAAAUAAAUAUAUAAUUUCAUUAUAUGCUCUGUGAUGGGAUCAUAUAAAACUCUCUGCUCUGCUUGCUUCCCACCCAGCCAGGUCUCUCGCGUUUCACUUAUUAUUAGUUAUUACUAAGCGCCAAUCUCUCCCAUUACACUCUUGUGCCGUGAGUUUCUGAACCCACAAUCCACUUAUAUAACGCCAAAACAAAAAUAUCACCCGAUGGUGGCGGUGGCCGACGGUGGCUGCGCUUGCUACUCCCCCUUAUCGAAUACCCAGUUGCACAAAAUAUGGGAGGCUGAGCUAAACGACGACGUCCCAUUAGACGAAAAUGGGCACCCCCUGGAGCCAGUGCUACUAGCUUCGGUCAAAGAAGAAGAAGAACACGUAACUUCGUCGUCUUCUCCCACCUCGGACCACCCUCAGCUCAUUCCUUCACCGCCUUCGUCUCCGGACGGUUUUGUAGAUGACGAGAAUAAGCCGAGCCAGUUAGCGAAAAUCAAAGAAGAGGUCAUCCAUAAUGAUGUUUAUGAAAACGAGCAGGGAGAUAAUAUCGUUAAUGGUGGGUGUUCUUCGACGUCUCCGCUCGAUUUUCCUGUGCCGAUGGAAGGGUUACACGAGGCCGGACCACCGCCGUUCCUGAACAAGACAUUUCAAAUGGUGGACGACCCAGGUACUGAGUCAAUCGUUUCAUGGGGCCAAGCUCGAGAUAGCUUCAUCGUUUGGGACUCCCAUGAGUUCUCCAAAAAUCUUCUCCCAAAAUACUUUAAACACUGUAAUUUCUCAAGCUUCAUUCGCCAACUCAAUACUUACGGAUUUAAGAAAAUCGACCCAGAUCGUUGGGAGUUCGCGAACAAAGGGUUUCAGGGAGGAAAAAAGCAUUUGCUGAAGAACAUUAAGAGAAGAAGCAAAUACAAUAGACAACUAAACGAAGCCCUGACUCUUCCCAUGUCCGAUUCUGCAAAAUCCGGUUUGGAAUCCGAAAUUGACACUCUGAAGGAGGAUCAAAGCUCAUUGAGAACCGAAAUCCUAAAUCUGAGAAGAGAACAGAACAACUCCCAGUGCCAAAUCACCUCCGCGGAAGAGAGGAUUCGAUGCGCCGAGUUUCGUCAGCAGCAGAUGCUGCUGUUCCUCACGAAGACCAUUCUUGAUUCCAAAUUCGUUCAUCAACUGAUCCAUAAGAGAACGCAGAAGAAAGAGACCAUCGACGCUGGCCAAAUCGCCAAGCGUCGCCGGGUUCUUCCCUGUGGAGAAGAACAAGAACAGAUUACGAUUCAAUCUAUUCCCGCCGGAAAAUGCCCUGAGACUGAGAAUGCGCCGGCGCCUUUUGUGAGCUCCACGGAAGAGGAAUCAGAUGGUGGUAGCGGUUCCGGUUCGGAGGUGUUGUCUGUUUAUAAUGUCGUAUCUGAGAAUCUUCUGGACGACACGUCGUUUUAUGAUGAAGAAUUAGCGGUGAACGACUCAACGAUUUAUCACGAGUUGGAGGAUUUGAUUGAUGAGAAGCAUGAGGAGGACUGGAAUGCUGGUUUUUUUGGCUCAAUUCUUUGAGUUUGGUUGAGCUCACUCACAAUCAGAGGAGGUUGCAUUUCGACUCUGAAAAUCUAACGCAUAGAAAAGAGAAGACGUUUGUUUUGGAAAUAGAAGAGGAAGCAUAUUAAGUAAUUACUUUUUUGGGUAGAUAUGAUGUUCUUUUGAACAGUUCGAAAUGUUGAUAUCCUUGAAUAGUUUUAUUUUGUUGUUAUCGUUUAUUUUGUAGGGUAAAGAUUAUGAGCAUGAAAUUGUGUGCAUAUAAAACUUCAGCUCAGGUCAGAUGUGCAUAUAUUUUGGUGGUUUGUGAAUCAAGUAAGAAUGUGUAAUAGGUACAUAUUCCAAUAUCCUGCCUCAUUUUUAGUUCUACUCAUAUAGCUUUUCUAA